AUAGCCUAGAAAACAAAGCAAAAGUGUGUCACAGUUAACGCAGAAGCACCCACACCACCUUUCAGUUAGGAACUGACAGUUGCCACCCCCAGAAGUGAUUUCUGAAGUUUAUUUUUAAUCAUGAGGAUGCCUCUGCAAAUACACUUUGUUUAAUAGCAUUUCAUUUCAUUUAAGUAAGUUUGAUAGUUGCUUUAAAAAUUCAGUCUGUCAAAUUAUACAUUUUGACAUAAUUGCAUUUAAUAUUCACUUACUAAUAUUUAUAGAUAAAUAACAUUGUUUUCUUGUUGAGGCUAGAAAGUAUUUUACCUAUUCCUUUUUUAAAAGUGUUAUUUAUCUAAUACUACUUAACAUACUAAUACUGUAUUUUAGAUGAAUUGUAUUCUUUGUACAACUGAUAAUAUAUAAACCUAUCCAAAUAAUCAUCUAUUAAAAAAUACUUUUAUCCAGCAUUGUCUGGGAAUAUGUUGUCACGUUAAGUGCAUUUUUCAGAUAACUAAAGAAAAGCUCUUGAUAUUCUAGAACUUACUUUAGGUUUGUUCUGAGGCAGGGUCUCCCGUUGCCCAGGCUGGAGGGCAGUGAUGCAGUCCUGGCUUACUGCAGCCUUGACCCCCUGGGCUCAAGCAAUCCUCCCAUGUCAGCUUCCCCAGUAGCUGGGACUGCAGACAUGUGCCACCACGCCUAGCUAGUUUUUGUAGAGAUGGGGUCUUACUGUGUUGCGCAGGCUGCUCUCAAAUGCCUGGGCUCAAGUGAUCCUCCUGCCUCAGCCUCCUAAAGUGCUGGGAUUACAGGCAUAAGCCCCAGCAUUCAGCCCCAGUUUUUCCUUUAUUAUACGUUUACUUCUUUUUCUGUGCUAUAUUCUUUGGGGUUCUCUCUGCUCUUGCUAAGCGUAUUGUUAUGAUACUGCCAUCGUGUGAGUUUCUGGGUCUUUCACUGUUGGUCUCCUUUCACUUGGAUGCCAGCGAGCUUGCAUCUCAGCAGCCUUCUUUAGCCCUAACUUGGCUGUGCUGGAAACCAGGAACCUGAAUUUCUAUGACAGUUAUGAGCUAAAGUGAAAAUAAAAGCAUUCAGUGAGGGCCAAGGUCUGUCCUCAGACAGGCAGAGAAUACCAGCAGUCUGGGGUCUUGAGCUUUGCAUGGUGGCGACAGACGGGGAUCUGAUGCCUGGGGCUUGGAUCCAGUGACCCUGCUUUUGAGGACCUAAAACCUCCCUAGGUCACACUCUGCUUUCUAUCUACAGAUUGCCUAUGGUCUCCCAGGGACUCUGAGCAGUCAUGUUACUCACAGGCUUCUUGUCCUCUGCCACUGUGCUCCCUCUCAGCUCAGAGGCUACAAGGGGUCUGGGGGGCCAGAAGUAUUACUAGACCUGGGCAUUGUCAAAGGGGGAGAGGGCUUUGUUCAAGCCAAACCUCUCCCUCUGCCAGCUCUCCACACCUACUUUGAAAUUCAGUUUUUCAGGGAGGAGGGAACCAAUUUUGAAUUUGUGCAGAUUGACUCUACUACCCAAUACUUUGGUAACUUGAAUACAGAAUUACCUAUUGUGGAGGCAAAAAAGCUAUUGAGGCCAGUGAUACAAAUUCAAGUAACACUGGAAUGUCACCUGUUUCCAUGUGGAUUGGAUUGGAAAUGUGUACUUUUUUUUUUUUUUUGAGACAAAGUCUCACUUUUGUUGCCCAGGCUGGCGUGCAAUGGUGUGAUCUCAGCUCACUGCAACCUCCCCCUCCCAGGUUCAAGCAAUUUUCUUGCCUCAGCCUCCCAAGUCGCUGGGAUUACAGGCCCCCACUACCACACCCAGCUAAUUUUUUUGUAUUUUUAGUAGAGACGGGGUUCACCAUGUUGGCCAGGCUGGUCUCAAACUCCUGACCUCAGGUGAUCUGCCCGCCUCAGCCCCAAAAAGUGCUGGGAAUACAGGCGUGAGCCACCGUGCUUGGCCAGAAAUGUGUACUUUCAAUUGCAUUUGCCACCUGGGAACCAAGUCAAAGCUAAGGCAGAAAACAACUGAGGCAGAACUAGACUUCCCAACUAGCCACCUCCACCAUUCCCAGUUCUGGUUUAAUCCACCCACCUUCCUAGUCCCUCACGUGAUCCAUGUGAAACUAUUCAGACAACCAUGAAAAGCAAACUUGGAGAUUCCGCAAAGCAACAGGAAAGUCAUGCCCGAUUGUGAACAAUGUAAAUGGUAAAAUCAUUCUGCCUUUGGAUACUGGUCACAAACACAGGCUGUUGAACACUAGUCAAUCAUUUACAUUAAAUCCUAAAUUACAUAUGAAACCCCAAACAGUAUCAUUAAAUUCAGAUCAUCUUAUAAUUUUCUUUUAGCCAAUGGCUUUAAUGUCUGUGCCCCAUCUUACCCAGGGAAGGCAGGGAAACUGAGGAGGAAAAUCUCUGGCUUCAUUCCUACCCCAGGGCCCCAGCUCUCAGCACCACUCCAGCCAUACCCACCUCCUUCCACUCCCUCACACACACCGUACACUGCCCCCAUCUCCCAUGAGGUCUUGUCCCCUCUUUUUGCCACAUUACCCCUACUUCUAAUUCUUCAGCUUUCAGCUCUAAAUAGUCCCUCAACUCCCUGGGUGGGUCACACUCCCCGUUCAGUGCUCUCACAGCACCACCUCUAGUGGCGCUUACCACACAGCAAAUGCAAGCGGACAUUUUACAGCAGGACUAUUUGAUGUGUCUGCCCUGCCUGCCCCACAGCUGUAAACUGCAGGAAGGUCUAUGCCCUGCAUGCUCCCUCUGUGUCUACUUUCUGAAUGAAUAACAAGCAUCCCUUCUGUCUCUCAUCCUCCUCGUGAUCAAUAACAUAAAAAAGUGUGAAGUUGAGGAAUGUAAGAAAAGUAAGCAAAUAGGUCCCACACUGGGUCACCAGGUCUGGAGUAAGUAGAAGCUGAAUUUUCUUAAACUCACUCUUCAUCAAGCCUGGAAACAGCUUGAUGUUAGUAUGCCAGGAGUCUGUUAUGCUAGAAGGUUAUAAAAUCAAGUUUUGGUGAUAUUCAGUAAUAAUGCUAUGUGCAUAAAAUCCUUGUCUGAUUUUAAAUACAUAAGUUACAUUAAUAUAGGAGCAAUUCCUAUCCAGCUAUUUACUGAAAUAAAACCUGGUAUUCGAAACACCAAAACAGAGACUUGGUUGAAACAAUUCCAAGAUGGUAUUUACAACACAUUUUCUCUAAUAUAAGCUAUAAGCAUUGAAGAAGAGAGUAUUUCUCCUCUUACCUCUUUUACAAUGUUGCUCACUUCAUCCACAACAAAAGCAGUCUGUAAGAAAGAACAUUCGGUUAAGUUUGAUUUAUUUAAAAGAUAUUUCCACUACAUUGGUAAAUGCAGAUUUAGGUAAUGAACAUAAUUUAGAAAUGAAGACCUUAGAAAUAAUCUAACUAGACUGUUCGCUUUACCAAGGAUGGAUGGCAUUGUAAGUCUUCAGAAACAAGAAGACUAGAAUACAUGCAUAUAAUUGAAAGGUGUUCUGUUUUAUUUUUAUUUAUUUAUUUUUGAUAUGAAGUGUUGCUCUGCAGCCCAGGCUGGAGUGUAGCAGUGGCGCAAUCUCAGCUCACUACAACCUCCACCUCUCAGGUUCAAGCGAUUCUCCUGCCUCAGCCUCCCAAGUAGCUGAGGUUACAGGUGCCCUCCACCAUACCUGGCUAAUUUUCCUAUUUUUAGUAGAAAUGGGAUGUCACCAUGUUGGCCAGGCUGGUCUUGAACUCCUGACCUCCAGUGAUCCUCCUCCUUCGGCCUCCCAAGGUGCUGGGAUUAUAGGCAUGAACCACUGUGCCCGGCCCAUCUUAUUUUAAUCAUGUCACAUUCUAAGAUUUCACUUUAAACUAGAAUUCAAUCUCCCAUUUCAACUGGCUGCUGGAAUCAUUAACCAAUAGAGAGGCUUAAUGAGUUUUGAUUUUUGUAUAAAUUAACCGAAGCUGCUGAAGCAAUCCAUUUAAGAUGUAAUUCUCUCUUCCCUGAUGUAAACUGAUUAGGAGGCCUGGCCUUGAGGAAAUUUUUUUAAAGCACCAUUAGUUGUAAAAUUUACAAUGAUUGUAUUAUUUCCAGAUAAUUAUUUUUCUUUCCCAGUGCCGCCCUCCUGCUCCAGGACUAACCACCAGCUGCCAGCAUGGCCGUUCUCUAUCAGUGUCCAGAUGACUCAGGAGAUGGGCUGCCUGCAGUAAUCUAGUGCCAAGAGUAUAGUUUUCUUUCUUUCCCUUUUACACAUGGCAGAUCUGAAUGGGUGAAAGAUCAUCCUGAAAAUAACAUUGGUCAGGCACUUGCCUGCCAAUGUGCUCUUCACAUGAGCAUAGGCCUUUAAAGUUACUGCUGAGUCACAGGAAAGGUACAUAUCUCUGGACAUGCCUUCAAGAGGGCAGCCCCUGGGACCCUCCCUCAAUGUGCAUCUUGGGGGAAUCAAGGCAGAAAACCCUGACUUGGCAGUGAGUCUUCCUCCCUGCCUGGCUGUUGUCCACUGCAGGCCCUGCCCUUUCUUUUUAGGGGGGUCAAGAGCUGAUUGCCCAAAGCCACCUCACUUGCUGUACUUAGAAGUCAGACUGAAACAAAACCAACUCACUGAGUGAAUGACAAUUUGCAAUAUCUUAGAGAUAGGUCAUUUCUGGAAGCCUAAAGGAUCCUUCCAAGUGAUUAUAGUGACCUUAAUUACAAAGGAAAGGUGCUGUAUCUCAUUUCAUAUGGUUAAAAUAUGAAAAAGGUUGGGGGACAUUUUAAAGAAUGUUUCGUGGAAAGCAGAGCGUUGUAAUGAAUCCAGUGAACAGUUUCCACUUCUCCAAGAAAGAUGAAUGAUGAGUUGAGAGAAUAGUUAUAAAGGCUCAGGAAUCUACAAGAAAUUGGAAGAGAAGCAGAAACGGCUGCAGAGAGGCUGGUGGGAGGACCAGAAGGGUAAACACCUAAGGCAUGCCUACUACUAAACAGCCAUGGCCUCCACCUCCCAGAGCUUCCAUUCCAUAGGAAACACUGAUCACUCUGUCCAGCCCCUUCAUUUGAUACAUACGGAAUUGAGAUCUAGAAUAAUGAAGUCACUUAGCUACCUCAUCUGUGGGAGCCAGAAUCGGACCGCAGUAUUAAGGGCUUCCCUUUACAUAGCCAUUUCUUUCUUUAGAACAGUUUUUUUUACUCGAUAUUACUACAAUUCAAGCCAUUUUCCAAUAUUUGCAACAGUUUAAGGGAAAAGGUUUGUCCUUUGCCAGCUGCUCCUGAACCAGGUCUUCUCGUCAUUAUUCACUUGGUUCCCAUCAGCAUUCAAACACCGAUUAUCCACCAUCACAGGAAGUGUACGUUAGUGAGGAAAUCAGAUCAAAACUGAAUCUACAAUCAGUCCUUAAGCUUAAGCCUGAGUUGUAUUUUCCCUGAAAAUAUUCCUCCUUAAAUUUCAUAAACGGUAAAAUGUCCAAUCUUACCAAAUGGAUCUAUAGUUUUUAUUUUUCACAGGUUGUAUAAUACAUGGGACUCUGAAUUUCAACGAGGAUUAUUCAGUAAGAAGAAAAUGAGUGUUCUAUCUCAGCUGCACCUAUCAGCUCUAUUUCCCAAAUGACCGUGAGCUUGAAAGAAAGCCAUUUAACGCACACGGUGCCGGCGGGUGUCUUCUGCUUGGCAAGAUCGUGGGCUUUAUCCUACUUCCUCAAGGAGGCAAUAAGAGACGGUCGCCCCCCGCACACACACACAACAAUGAGCUUUCUUACUACAGACAAACAGAAAUGAAAUAUGCUACUCAUUCCCAGCGCUGCGGAACCAGGAGGUGGUGGUUUCCAUAGGAACCCUUGAGGGUAGCCAGGCAACUCCCUAAACCUCAGCAACAGAAAGAAAACACACGUCCGAGAGGGGAAGCCUGGUCCCGGCCCCUCCUCUGGUUUGUACUGUGGGGAUUGACGCUGACGUUCAAACGGGCUCGGACACCUGGCAACGAACUCGAAAGCGACUGCCGAAGGCAUUGCGCCCGAGACUCAGAUCCUUGGGGCACUGAGGGCUGCUAGUUUCAUCUGUUCAUCUGGAACCUGGAUCUUAGGAGGGAGGAGGCUUUACCCCUGCAGCACAGCCAGGUAUUGAAUGGGCUGGGUUUUUAGUGAUCGCCCCUGCUCACCUGGAAGCAUCUUUAUUGGAAGGUUAACUUCUAUGGAUGUCAGCAGCAGCGGAACCCGGUGAAAACACCCCCCGCCCCUUCCCCGUGGCACCAGGCUCUGCGAGCGGUAACUCCAACAAACCGACAACCUCUUGAGACCUUCUUCUUCUCAGGAGUAUGACACAGUUAAAAAGGAAAAAGCCACGAGCAAAACAGUUGCCAAUGAAAUAGGAGAGGGAGCUCUUUAAACAAGGCUGGCUGCAGCUGGCCUCCGCCGCUCAUCUGCAGGGAGCUUGGUCCGUGGAGUGAAGCUCUUCUAACCUGGGUCAACAAAAAGGGAGAAGAAAUGGCCCAAGAAAUAGAUCUGCAUGCCCUCAAGGAGCUAGAACUUGAGGCCGUUCUCCAGGUCCUGUACAGAGACCAGGCGGUUCAAAACACAGAGGAGGAGAGGAUACGGAAACUGAAGACGCACCUGCAGCAUCUCCGGUGGAAAGGAGCGAAGAGCACGAACCGGGAGUACAAAGAGAAGUGCUGUGCACGCUGCCAGCAGGUGCUGGGGCUCCUGCUGCACCGGGGCGCUGUGUGCCGGGGUUGCAGCCACCGCGUGUGCACCCAGUGCCGUGUGUUCCUCAGGGGGACCCCUGGCUGGAAGUGCACUGUGUGCUUCGAGGACAGAAAUAUCAAAAUAAAAACUGGAGAAUGGUUCUAUGAGGAACGAGCCAAGAAAUUUCCAACUGGAGGCAAACAUGAGACAGCUGGAGCGCAGCUCUUGCAAUCUUAUCAGAAGCUGAGCAAAAUUUCUGUGGUUCCUCCUACUCCACCUCCUCUGAGUGAGAGCCAGUGCGGCCACAGUCCUGGCAGGUUACAGGAACUUGGUCAGUUUAGAGGAUUUAAUAAGUCCAUGGAAAAUUUGUUUCUGUCUCUUGCCACCCACGUGAAAAAGCUCUCCAAGUCCCAGAAUGACAUGACUUCUGAGAAGCAUCUUCUUACCACAGGCCCCGGGCAGUGUUCAGGCCAGACAGAGAGACGGAGCCAGUCUGACACGGCGGUCAACGUCACCACCAGGAAGGUCAGUGCACCAGAUAUUCUGAAACCUCUCAAUCAAGAGGACCCUAAAGGCUCUACUUACCCUAUAUCGAAGCAAGUGAAACUCCCAUCCAGUCCAGCACCCAGUGCCAUAUUCUCUGGAGGCUUUAGACACGGAAGUUUAAUUAGCAUUAAUAGCACCUGUACAGAGAUGGGCAACUUUGACAAUGCCGACGUCACUGGGGAAAUAGAAUUGGCCAUUCGUUACUGCUUCAAAACCCACUCUUUAGAAAUACGCAUCAAGGCCUGUAAGAACCUCGCCUAUGGAGAAGUGAAAAAGAAAAAGUGCAAUCCGUAUGUGAAGACCUAUCUGCUGCCCGACAGAUCCUCCCAGGGAAAGCGCAAGACUGGAGUCCAAAGGAACACGGUGGACCCGACCUUUCAGGAGACCUUGCAGUAUCAGGUGGCCCCUGCCCAGCUGGUGACCCGGCGGCUGCAGGUCUCGGUGUGGCAUCUGGGUGCGCUGACCCGGAGAGUGUUUCUUGGAGAAGUGAUCAUUCCUCUGGCCACGUGGGACUUUGAAGACAGCACAACACAGUCCUUCCGCUGGCAUCCGCUCCGGGCCAAGGUGGAGAAAUAUGAAGACAGCGUCCCUCAGAGUAAUGGAGAGCUUGCGGUCCGGGCUAAGCUGGUCCUGCCUUCAGGGCCUGGAAAACUCCAAGAGGCUCAAGAAGGGACAGAGCAGCUGUCUCUUAACGGUCAACUUUGCUUGGUAGUGCUGGGAGCCAAGAAUUUACCUGUGCGGCCAGAUGGCACCUUGAACUCAUUUGUUAAGGGCUGUCUCACUCUGCCAGACCAACAAAAACUGAGACUGAAGUCGCCAGUCCUGAAGAAGCAGGCUUGCCCCCAGUGGAAACACUCCUUUGUCUUCAGUGGUGUAACCCCAGCUCAGCUGAGGCAGUCGAGCUUGGAGUUAACCGUCUGGGACCAGGCUCUCCUUGGAAUGAAUGACCGCUUGCUUGGGGGAGCCAGACUUGGUUCAAGUUUCAGAGCAUUGAAGGGGAAUGCCAGCUACCACCUAGCCCUGCUACUGACUUCAGCCUAUGUCCUCCUUACAUUGAAAGGCUAUGAGAACGGCAUCAGACAGGCAUGUGUUGCUUUGGAGCACUUUUCACCCAAAACGCAAGAGCAGCCUGCUGGCACCAACAGGGGAGCUACAGGAUCCAGCUCCUGUCUUUAUACAGGGCUCUCAAAACAGGUUCUGACCUUAGAAAACUGAGGCCUCCAGCUCUCUGGUGUGUCUGGAAAGUUUGUCCUCUUAGGACUUUGAAACCUCAUAUAACAAUUCAUAGCUACUCAUAAGCAUAAUUGCAGUAUCAAAACAAAGAGGUUAAACAUGAAAAUUAUGACUCACUUCUGAGUUAAAGAACUUCCUUUAAUUCUUGACCAAAGUUGGAAAAUUAAAGCCCAAGGAUUUCCUUUUUUUUUUUUUUAAAGAGCUCACAUAUAGGACAGGAAUAGGGUGCAC